UGCACACCUUAAUUAAUACAGAGGAUAAUUGUAAAUUGUACGUGUAACUUGUUACACUAGACAAAUUGUAAGAGGGUAAUCGAUGUACGCAAAGUAACAAAGACAGGAAUUGUAUAAUCUACAUAUACAUAUAUAUAUAAAGGGAGAAUUCAGAGAUGCAUAUCCUGCGAGUUGUAACCCCGGCAUGGCUCGCUCUCGUCGUUGUAUCGAUGCGCAAUGGCAUCAAUGGUUUCGGAUACCGUAAAAGAGAGCAACAUUUGUGGCCGCAGAAGUACGAAUCGUGCGCGGGAAAACUACAAUCGCCCGUGGGUAUAUCCACAUCGAAAGCGAUCGCUUUACCACUCCCGGCUCUCGAGAUGAUCGGUUAUCAUGAUUUUCUUUCAAUGCCGCAAAUAUUGACGAACAAUGGACAAACCGUUAAACUCACUGUGAAUAAGAAUGCGAUGUACGGAAGAUUGCCGUACAUAUUCGGUGCCGUGCUGCAACGGAAUCGACAAUACGAAAUGGAACAACUGCACUUUCACUGGGGCAUAAAAAACAAUAGGGGUGCUGAACACGUGUUAAACGGUGUAAGGUAUCCAAUGGAAAUGCACAUUGUACAUCGUAACAUGGCAUAUUCCAACAUUUCGUAUGCGCUACGGCACGAGGAUGGUGUAGUCGUAGUAGCUACUCUCUUCCAGUUGCAAGAUGAAGAUAAUGAGCUCAUUCGAUCUCUCAUAAGCGAGCUAGCAGACGUGCAAUGGGCACGUACAGAGCUGUCGGUCAACGUAUCUCUCGCUCUGGCAUCACUGAUACCAUCCAACACCGAUAUCUUUUAUACGUACAAGGGAUCUCUCACGACUCCGCCUUGUAGCGAAGCGGUCACUUGGAUUAUUUUCGCCACUCCAGUCCCGAUAUCUUUCCGUCAGAUUAACACGUUUCGGAAACUCUCAAACGGCGAGGAAACACUGGGCGAUAAUUUUCGGCUGUUGCAAGAUAUCGGUCAACGUAAGGUAUAUAUCAGAAGAUUGGACCCAUCGUUCUGGACAAAAAAUAUCAAGCGCGACGAUUCGCGAUUCGAUUUUGCAAACUUGAGUUGGUUUUGGUCGUAGCGCAACAAUCGACAAUUUCUAAUUUUGCCUCAAGAGGUUAAAACUUACCUACAAU